GCCUUCAAUGCAGACAUCAGCCAGUUGAUGUCAUUGAUCAUCAAUGCUUUCUACACGAACAAAGAGAUCUUUCUCAGAGAACUGAUUUCGAAUGCAUCAGAUGCGUUGGACAAGAUUCAGUUUCAGGCGGCACAAGAUCCUUCCAAGCUCGAAGCGGAACCCAACCUCUGCAUCAAGGUGACCCCUGAUAAAGAUGCAGGGAGUGUCACUGUGGAGGACACCGGAAUUGGCAUGACCAGAGAGGAGAUGAUUAAUCAUUUAGGCACCAUUGCCAAAUCUGGCACCAAAGCUUUCAUGGAGGCGGUGUCUUCUGGAGCCGACAUGUCAAUGAUAGGUCAGUUUGGGGUAGGCUUCUACAGCUCAUACCUUGUGUCAGAGAAAGUUCGCGUGGUUUCAAAAAGCAAUGAUGAUGAGCAGUACAUUUGGGAAUCUACAGCUGGAGGUACCUUCCUGGUUUGGAAGGAUACCACUUUUGAGCAUGGAGUUCUCAAACGAGGAACAAAGGUGAUUUGUUACCUCAAGGAUGACCAGGCAGAGUUUCUGGAGAGCGAUCGCCUGAAGGAGCUGAUCAUGAAACACUCGGCCUUCGUCGGCUUUCCCAUCGACUUGCGAAUGGAGCAUCGUCAGGAGGAAGAGAUUGAGGUCAAGGAGGAAGCCGAGGCACCUGAGAAGAGGAGGAAAGUCACUGUAAGCUAUUCCUGGGAGCUCAUCAACAAGAACAAACCCUUGUGGCUGCGACCAGCAGAGGGUGUGACACAUGAGGAGUAUGCCGAGCUGUACAAAUUUUUGUCUGCAGAUUGGGAGGAUCACUUGGCUGUAAAGCAUGUCAUGCAGAGUGGCCAGGUAGACUUCAAAGCUCUUCUUUUUUGUCCCAGGAGUGCUCCCAAGGACAUGUUCGACAUGGGGAAGAUGUCUCAGAGAUUUAGCAUUAGACUCUACGUCCGAAGGGUCUUCAUCAAAGAGUUCAAUGACCUGAUCCCGAAGUGGAUGGGCUUCGUGAAGGGAAUCGUUGAUAGCGAUGAUAUGCCCUUGAAUAUCAGCAGAGAGAUGCUGCAGCAGAAUGCCAUCCUGAAACACAUCAAGACCGGCCUCCAGAAGAACAUCUUCAGCAUGUUCCAAGAAUUGUCUCAGGACAGAGAGCGGUUCAAGAGCUUCCAGGAGGCUUUCUCCCAGUGCCUCAAGCUGGGGGUCUACGAGGAUCAUGCCAACCGGGAGCAAAUCAUUCCUCUGCUUCGAUACCAUUCCUCGAAGUCUGGGGAGGAUAUGGUUGGGCUGGAUGAGUAUAUCAGCCGGAUGAAGCCAGGCCAACGUCACAUUCUGUACAUCACAGGAAGGACCAAGCGGGACGCAGCACGCUCUCCUUACAUUGAGGGGCUGAAGCGCGAUGGCUUCGAGGUGCUCUACAUGACGGAUCCCGUGGACGAGUACGCCGUGCAAUUCCUCAAGGAGUAUCGGGGAUACGAAGUGCUCAGUUGCAUGAGUAUGGAUGCUGCUCGACUUUUAGAUCAUCGUUCUGAGAGUGACCUCAAGGCAGAACUUGAGCCUUUGAGGAGACGAGUUGCCGAGAUGUUGGCCGCUACGCCAAGUCUCAGUGUCCCAGUUGCUUUGGCAUCUGGGAUCCCAGCAGACUGCUGCGCACGCUUCGGGACGUCAGACCAGGGCCAAAUUUUGGAGCUCAACUUCAAGCAUAGCUUGCUGAAGGAGCUUGGCAAACACACCUCUUUCGGAGAGGUUGCUCGACAACCCCUUGACCAGCAACUUGCCACCGAUCUGUCCAGGUUGCUCUAUGACUUGGCUGGUCUCGAUGGCUCUGAUGAUGCCAAGUGGUCGGCUGCCUGUGAGAAAUGCCAGGACAUCGUGCAGGCCCUGAACUUGGGCGAAAGCGAGGCCUCUGAGGAGCUUCCGGCUCUUGGAGCUCAGAUCUCGGCAGAGGCCGAUGCCAACAAGGUGGAGUUGAGUCCUGCCAAGGCCGUGGACGAAGCGCUGCUGUCCUGCGGUCGAUGCGUCCGAGUCGCCCGUCCAGAUCGCGCCAGAAGAGCCAUGAUCAGCUUCGUGGACGAGGAUGCGAAGACAGUUGAUGUGCUCUACCCACAGCCCAGCUCCAAGCAGGAGGAGGAAGAAGAGGGGGUUCCUAUCAAAUACAUUCAAGCACUGGAGGACUUUGAGCUAUCUGUGGGACAAGCAGAGGACAGUGUCUUCAAGUUUGGAAGUGCUGCGAAGGAAAAGGGAAAUCAGCUCUUCAAAAUGAAGGACUUUGAGGCAGCUGCAGAGCUGUAUAGCUCAGGCAUUUCAAAAUUUGCCUCGCGAAGUAUCCAAAGGGGUGACGAGGUGCUGGUGAGACAAGAUGACUCCGAGAAGGCGAAGGCUUGCCUGACACGGAGUACAGUUCUAUCUCUCGAUGUAGAGGGCCUUUGCGAGUUGUCAAAUGGUCUAGAAGUGCCGGCAAGUGAGCUAUUGCCAAUUUGUCAAGAGCUACUGCCUCUACACACAUCUUUGUACAUGAACCGUGCACGUUGCCAGCAGAAUCUUGGUCGGCACAAAGAGGCGUCCCAGGACCUCACUGCAGUGCUGGGUCUCUGGAGUGCUGCUGACAAGAGACUCUUGCAGGCUGAUCCUGAGAUGAAGGAAGCAGAGGAGAAAGGCCUCUACACAGCCGAAUACCUGCGAAGUAGGUCCAGGCUUGCUCGAGGUCUUGCACGUGCUGCUGCGCAGGAUGUGAAAGAUGCACUUGCUCGCAGUCCACCAGCAGCAACUGUCAAGCAGCUAAAACAGCUGAAGACAGAGGUGCAAGCAGCUCAAGAGAAGCAGCGACAGAUCAAUGGGCCUUUGGCCAAGGAGCUGGCGAAGCUGGUGAUUUCUCUGAGAGGCGGACCCCAAAUCUCCUAAUCUCCUGAAAUCAGAAGAUUGUGCAGCUGAAGCAGGAGAUUUUUGGAUGAUUUUUGGAUGAUUCGAUGAUGAUUCGAUAUGAUUCGAUGAGUCAUUUGCAUGAGACCGUAUCUCAAGAUUCGGUGAAAGACAUCAUAUACUCGCCCCACUCGCCCCAAGCAUGGCUUAGAUGCUUGGAAAAGACGG